AUGGAAAAAAUGAAGGAAUCACUCUCUGAAAAACUUCAUCGCCAGCUAAAUUUCUUGUCGGAACAAACCAGAGAAUUAUAUUGUGGCGUAGACGAAUUGGACCAUGCUGAAAUUGAAGAGCUCAAUGGAUUUCCAAGUUAUGAAGAUGAGGAUGAAAUUCUGAAUUUUAUUCAACAUUAUGUGAACAUGAAUAAGCCUGUGAUAUUUCGGAAUGCUAUUUGUGAUUGGCCUGCAUUCAAUAAGUGGAAUGUUGAAUAUUUCAAGCAGGUUAUUGGAGAACGAGAAAUCUCAGUGGCAUGUACACCCAAUGGAAAAGCUGAUGCAGUUCAUGAUGGCAAGUUUAUAAAACCAAUGGAAUUGAAAAUGAAGUUUUCAAAGUUUAUUAAGCUUUUGCAAAAUAAGAGAAGGCUACUGAAAGAAGACAUUUCACCAAAAGAUGCCAUGGAGGAAGAUUUGAAUGGAAUGAACUCAAUGAAUUCAAUAUUUUACGCCCAGCAUCAAAAUUCCAGUUUAACCAAGGAAUUCCCAUUUCUUAUGGAAGACGUACCUGAACACUUGGGAUUUGCUGUACGGUCGUUCAACAAUUUACCUGAUGCUGUAAAUCUGUGGAUUGGUGAUUCACAAAGCACUAGCUCUCUCCAUAAAGAUCCAUACGAAAAUAUUUAUUGUGUGAUUGCUGGAAAGAAAAUUUUCACCUUAUACCCACCGACAGAUGUUAUCAACGUACCCUACAAAAAUUAUCAAGAAGCUCAAUAUAAAUUCGAUUUUGACAAGAAAGAGUGGAAAAUUGAAGAUGAAAGCACUCAGGUUCCAUGGAUUGACAUAGAUCCAGACAAGGAGACACGAGAAGAUAUUGAAAAGAAAUAUCCAAGGUACGAACAUGCCACUCCCUUCAAAGUCGAGAUAGGACCCGGUGAUGCUCUCUAUUUACCAGCUCUCUGGCUGCAUCAAGUUGCUCAAGAACACAACGAAGAGGGUGUUGUUAUUGCUGUCAACUAUUGGCAUGACAUGCAGUAUGGCCCUCUUUUCAAUUUUAAUCAAUUUUUGUGUAAUUUACAUUCUGAAAAUCUUUUAUAA